AUGAACCCAGAACGUCGACGGAAAAUGCCACGACCAUCGGCAAAGCGAAAGGAUCAGGUAGCACCAAAAGCACCAGAGGGACUAGAAACAGGUGCUCAGCAAGUGGAAAGAGUGCAAACACAAGCAGUCAUUCAUCCGCUCCCUUCGCAAAGGAUAGCACGAGUACAAGAUUCACCACCACUUGGUUCAGUUAUGGGGUCCGGAUCGAGAACGUUGCUUCCCGCAUACGUACGUUCGCUUUUACGAACUCAAGAAUCGGCGGUAUUAUCGGCAAGCGUGCCGUCAAGCUCAGAAGUACGAAGGUCAGAAAUAACACCAUUCUCUGCAAGAUCAAUUGAACCACCGUUUAUAGAUACGUUGGAAACAUUACGGCGAGAGGUAGAAGAUUUGCAGAUAUCACCGGAAUCGUCGAUACAUGCACCGUCAGGCUCAGGAAUACGAGAGACAGGGACAAUACCGGCAGCUAACCUAUCAAGCUGGGAAAUGCAAGAAUCAAAUAUUCCGGCGAGAAUUCAAGAGUUAUUUCGAGGACAAGAGGAAAUUGAUAAAAAACUUUCCGAUUUGCUAGGCUCCUGGAAUUCAUCGGACGGUAUGCCGUCAGGCCGAAGGGCUCGAAGGAGGAGGGAAUUAUCCGUAGAAGCGUCGUCAGGAUUAAGAACUCGAAGGAUGGAAACAUUGCCGUUAGAUGCGCAGCCAAGGGCAGGAAAGCGUAAGUUAGGAACAAUACCGGUACUGCUAAAAAUACCACGAUCAAGUAUGCAAGGAAUGGGGAUGUCGGUAGAUGCAUUAUCAAGUUCAGGCUUGGGAAUUUCGAGAAUAUUACCGUCAAGCGCAGGCAUGUUGCCUGAUUCAGAGGUGCGACAACCGGAAUUGUUAUCGUUACCGCGGACUUUCGUGGAUUCGCAAACGCCAUGGCUGCACUGUGGACCGAGAAAUCCAGUUGAGUCACAAUACCGUACUUGCGCCGAUAAGCACAAGUACUGA